AUGACUGCGGUUUGUGUCGUUUGCUGGGGGGGGUCAUAUGAGUUUCACUCUGACAACUUGAGCGCGACUGUCGCGGAGAAGACCUUCGUUCUCACGGCAGAGAUACUCACGUGGUGGCAGGUGUUACGCUGCGAAAGUGCCAACAAAUAUUUUGCCAAUGUGUUUGGCCAGAGAGGCCCCUCGGUUGGACGUCGGUCGAUCGAUUUUGCGGGUGGCAUCCGUGACACGGAUUCCGUGCGGGACGUCAACCGAGCUCAUGGAUGGCUUUAUCCACAUUUGUCAAGCACCUCUUGUCUGGACGUCAGCUACGGGAAUGAGACGGAACACAUCGCGGUAGAGAUUACGAUGGAAAUCCGAGAUCGCAAUCCAAACUCGACAUGUCGUUAUGACGGCGGCUGUGUACCGAAGUAA